AUGCUACUUCCUGUUGUAAGCGGCAAUGCUGAAGAUACCAGUGACUCUGAAACUUCUGCUAUGGACAUCCAAUCUUUGGAACCUGGCCCGAGUGCAGCAUCCCAGAUUUUGACACACGCUCCUUCGCAAUCUACUCCUCAGGAGCCGCAAUUCACAGUACAGAUCCCGCAAAACCUUCCCACGUCAAACCCUCCCCAAACGCCAGGCAACUCAGAUGCUACGAUGGCUGAUCCUGAUACCAAUCCAACAGCCGCACAAUUUGGAAGUGACAUAUCACUACAGCAUCCACCUUCCAAAAGGAAAAGACAUGCAGUGUCUUCUCAACCCAUCUUCAACCAAGAUCAAGAGAGCGGCGAAGACAAGUUGAAAACACUGCUUGAACAUCAAACCAAGCUGAUGCAUACCCUUUACAACGGUAUAUGGACAUCAAAUGCUGAAGUCGUCAACAAGCAGGAUGCAAAAAUCAACAAGUUGACUAAUAGCGUUCAGCAGAAUUCGACCAUAUUGGAUUAUCUUCUGGAGGCAUUGGAUAUUCAGUCAGUCAAGAGCAAGGAUAUGGACAUUGAUAGAGAGGAGCGCCAUCAGGGUGACAGUGACACCACUGGCACAACAAAUGCAAAAAACAAACCGGAUGGCAACCACACCGAUGCUGAUGACCCGGGAGAUUCGACCCAGGAAACUCCUUUCAGCUAUGCCUCAAAAAAGAAAGGAAGUCCUUGUUCAGGAGCUGUAAAGCAUCGGCCACAGCAAGAGCUUAAAAACAAGGAGACAAUUCGUCAAUGGUUCAACGAGGUUAUGGAGGGAAAAGACCUCUACAAAAAUGAGGUUUUCGAUGAGGAAGCCAAGAAAUUUGCUGAAAAAUUCAAGUUGGAUCUACUCGCACGCCCAUGCACUGUUGAUAAUUUUCGAUAUUGGAUCGCAGGUGUUCCUAAAUCAGCGUGGAACAAGGGCGCAUCAUAUGUUCUCAUAGAUAUCCCCGUGAAGAAGAGGCUAAUCACCAAACCCAACAUUAAAGCUCGUGAUGCCUUGCGUGAGGCUUUCUUUGUACAAUUAAAAAUGCUCCAUGGAAUCUGGCUGGAGAAACAAAAAAUGCUAGAGGAUAAAAAUUUGCCACAUGCGGUCUUUGCAAAGAGAUGGCAAAGGAAAAACACUUUGUUCCAACAACGAAGGAAUGUGAUACUUGUCGUUCCAGCGCUUGAACCCUAUCUUGAAGACUUCGACGAACUAGGGGUGGUAAAAAUGUCUUCCAACAAAGAGGAACCUGACAUGGAUGAAGCAAGUAUGUGCUACAACAUCAAGGAGCCAUGCUGGCGAAGCCAACAGCUCAAGAAUUGGGUCAGGCUGUUAGACUAUUGUCAUCUUGAGGGUCCAUCCUCUUUUGAAGGACCCCAGUUCGGUUUCACGCGAGGAGCUGCACCCCGGCUCUGUAUGGAUAAUAAUGACAAGAGUUCAAAGAGCAGAUAUGUUGUUGGGCUACCUGCCCACUUCUACAAUGCAGAAUGGCUCGAGAAGCAGGAGCCUGGCUGGGCAAAAGGUGGGACGGGAUUUGUCAAUGAGUUGGUCCACCCUUGUGCACCUAGGAAAUUAGUUUUCCCUGCGGAUCUUGCCAGAACUUUGGAACAGGGGAAAUCUACAGGCAAGUUCAUCAUGCUCAAAAAGGCACUCGAUGUUGCUGGUGGUGGAUUUCCCCCCGCUAUUCUUUCCAGCAAAGCGGACGCGCACAUUUCUGAACCCUCUGAUGUCCUGAAGAUUCUAUUCCAAUACGUCGCAGCAGAUGGUCCAACCUUAGGGCACAUCAAUUUCUUCUUACUGUUGAGAGUGGCCGAAGCAGCAGAAAAAUAUGAAAUGUACCAGGCAAUUGCUGCCAUGCGACCAGAAUUCAGGUAA